GCGAGAACAAACGAGUCUGCUGUGCAGUGGCACGUGGGAAGCGGGAUACUACAGCUGAGCAAUAUCUUGUACUUUGUGGCUUGGUCCGCCUCAGCUAGGUUACCAAGCAAAGUUUGAUCGACCCGAUUUUUUUCUGAGAAGAUGCCUCCAAAAAAAAGACGCAACCUCAUUGUCAAUGCACAUGCCCAACCGGGUGUGGGAAGAUGGCACCUGAACGAGAAUUUUUCAACACUUCCUGCUACCAGCACUGAGUUGAAAAAGGGACAUGUAUUACACCUGUACGUCUGUGCAGCGGGAAGUAGUAGAGCUGAGGCAGCGAGACAAUUAAAAACACAUUUUUCAUCUGAGGGCUUUUCUUUCAGUAAGUCCCUGAGUAAUGAUAUAAGAGUGGUUGUGAGAGCAACAUGGAAUAAGUUUAGAACACUCACUGACCCAAAAGAAUUUGAACAGUUUUCAGCAAUAUGUGAUGAACCGUUUGACCUCACUGAGGCAGUUGAUCCUGAGUUCACAGUUCCUGUUGCACAGUUGCCAGUUCCUCAAGUUCCUGUUGUUUCACCUGGAAUUUUUGAUGAGAAAUUAACUGUUGAACAAACAGAUUCUGACACAAUGACCAGAACUCCAGAGAGUCACCUUCAAGUUCAUUCUGAGCCAGGUUCCUCUGCCAAUUCAAGGAGUUGUCGAGGUGACCUGCUCACUCCUCGAGAAGCUAAGAUGAAACAACGAUCGGAUUUUAUGUUGUCAACCCACAGAGCAAUGAAAAAGAGAUACCAAGAAAAAGUGAGAGAAUUGAGGAGACAGCUUCAGACCCCAAGAAAGUGCACAAAUCAAGCUAUUCAGAGGCAAAAGAACAGAGUUAACAGAAAAAAGGAAGAGAUUAAAAAGCUAAAGGAUAUGUUGUAUGGGAAUGCCCUCUCCUGUGCAUUACAGGAACAGAGAAUUCGCAACAAAAGGCUGAAGGAUGCGCACAGGAAACUUCUCCGAAAAAGGACCAAGACUGUUUCUGUGGCCAAGUAUAAUGAAGUCCUAAUACAGACGAAGAAGAAGGACAAUGUGAUAUCACAACUUCAACAUGAAAUCCUGCUUCUUCAGGAAAGAGUUGAAGACUUGACUUCAACCACGGAACAUCCUGAGGAGCAAGAAGUUAAUGGAAAGAUGUACUCAUCAGCCAUGAGAUUGAAAGUAUAUGACUGUAUAAGUAGUAAACUGUCAACAGCAAGUAUACCAGUAAUCUUACAGAGAAUAGCGAAGCAUGAUGGAAUUGAGCUCAAAACUGUACCCCAAAGGAGCACUGUUGAGUUGAUGGCCCAGGAAUUAGGAGUGAUUUCUCAACUGCAGACGGCUGAAAUGAUAUUGGCUAAUAAUAAUGUGACUUUGGGAUUUGAUGCAACUACCCAGGAAGGUACCCAUGUCAACGAAAUCCAUUUUAGUACCGAACAUGACAGCAUGUCAGCUGCAGUGGAUGAGUUGGCAGGAGGAACAGCAGAAGACUACUGCAAUCAUAUCUGCCAAACUGUAGAUGACUUGGCCCACACUUAUGUUUUCUUUACUGAAGGGACAAACUUCGAGGAAACUAGGGCAAAAUUGAUUGAGAAGAUAUCGAAUACGAUGACUGACCGAUGUGCGACCAAUCACGCGGCCGUCCGUCUCGUAAGUAGCGAGUGGGGGAAAACGCUGAACGAGAUGAACUGCCACUUGCACCCCCUGGAUUCGAUUGCGACAGCAUGUAGGUCUGCAUUGAAGAAAGUUGAAGAAACUGAGGGGAAUGUUUAUGGCGGGGACUGUAUGGCAGCAAAUGUCAUACUGUCCUUUAGCAAACUUCGUUACAAGGACGGAAAGGGAGACCCCCGUGGUUUUGCGACUUUUUUGGAUCAGAAGAAACUCCCGAGGGGCAUUCUACCUCGUUACAGGGGCAAUCGAUUUCACGUGUUAUUUCACAGUGCUGGUGUACUUAUUGAGCACUAUGAGGUAUUUUCGGAGUUGUUGAAAGAUGGCACAACGCUAGAGCGUAACUUGAGAGAGAGCCUUUGCAAAGAUUUUUCAAGUGAAAUAGCUCAAGUGGAACUUCAGGUCCUAGGAAUCAUUGGGAAGCACCUGACAGGUCCUUGGAUGACUAAAUUGUACACCCCAGUGGGUGCUGGGAUAAGUCAUGUUGAUGGCAUAGAACUGGUCAAGCAGGCCACUCGGAGACUCAAGGAGAUGUUGCAGGACCCUCUUCAGAUUCUGUCAUCCACGGAGGAUUUUUUUGGCCAAGAGAUUGUGUUGGGCAAUACAUUAGCGAAGUUGAGGGCAAUGCCUCAUCAUCGCCAAUUUGUUCCCAUGAUGUCUUCUUGUCUUCAGGCAACUAUUGAUGUCCUUGAGCGCCAGUAUGCCAAGUACUUCGCGCUGGAAGUGACAGAAAAGCUUCGGGAGGAAACCGCUUCCGUUAGAUGUCACAACAUGGAUUCAGAAGGGUUAAUAGGGAUGUUUAGUGCUUUACUAAAAAAGGCACCGAGUGCCACGGUCAGUUUUCUCUCUGCCCGGAUGAGAGCCUGCAAGAACAAGACGGUGGAGUACCUGGAGGAGCUAGACGAUGAAAGGAGGGAACUUGUGCUGGAAAAGGCUGUCCGAUGGGGGCGAAUGCAAAGAGACAGGAAAAGGAUGACUCGCAGAGAACUGAGUUUGGAGCUGAUUAGGCGGCAGAAAGACAAACAGCAGGAAAGAAAAAACAUUACAAGAAAGAAGGUUUAGGGGGAGGGGUCCCUUCUUAUUGACCUAGUAGCGCUGAACGCUCUCUGUUCUGUGCCUUCUCACUAUACCGUAUGCUGGCUUCGACCUCACUUUGUUCUCCCCUUUCUUGGGUAUUCGUGUGCUUACUUAUCUACUUAUUGUUGUUUUGUGGUUCUAUGCAAGUACAGUAUGCGCAGUCAUCACAUGUGUAUCUUUGCUUAAACUGUGGAAGAGUCUACCUGUUACGGUCAGAAGUGCCCCGUCUGUCUGUCUUCAAAUCUAAAGACUUGCAUGUUUUCUCAGGAAUUUCACUUUGAAAUAUAAUUCCACUUAGCUGUGUUUGUUUUUC